GGCAACAGGUUCUAAGUAACAAAGAAACUUCACUGGCAGCAGCAGCCAUUGUGCAUUUGACGCGCGGGUCGCGACCACUUCAUAAAGUGCUCAGCAAUUCGUGAUCUGUUCCAUCUAUUCCUCUAAUAUUUAUUGAUAUAUUCACGGAAAUACGUACGCGCAAUUUCUUGAGAAAAUGCCUGCACCAGAACUUGAAGGCCGUGACCGAAAGGCUAGCUUCAAAUUUCAUUCUAAGCAUGAAGAUGCACGCAGAAGAAGGAACGAAAUGUCGAUAGAAUUGCGAAAAGCUAGGAAAGAUGAUCAAUUAUUGAAACGUCGCAAUGUCAAUAUAGGGCAAGAACCGCAAAGCCCGACCGGUGAAAGUAAUCAGUCACCUAUUUCUAUAUCAAUAGAUGAGAUUGUUCUUGGUAUGCAAUCUACGGAUGAAACAAUUCAACUUCAAGCAACACAAGCAUGCAGGAAAAUGUUGAGCAGGGAAAAGAACCCACCUAUAGAUAGUAUGAUACAACGUGGAAUUGUGCCACGCUGCAUACAGUUCUUGGACUGUCAUCAUAACGCUCCGUUACAGUUUGAAGCAGCAUGGGCACUAACCAAUGUAGCUUCUGGAACAUCAGAUCAAACUCAUAUAGUUGUAAAACAUGGUGCUAUACCAAAAUUGUCUGCGUUGCUAAAAUCUACAUCGCCUAAUGUUGCCGAACAAGCAGUAUGGGCACUUGGAAAUAUUGCUGGAGAUGGUCCAAUAGCUCGUGAUCUUGUUCUUGGUCAUGAUGUUCUGCCUCGUUUAUUAGAAUUGAUCAAACCUGACACUUCUCUGACAUUUACUCGUAAUAUUGUUUGGACACUAUCAAAUUUGUGUCGCAAUAAAACUCCUCCACCUCCAUUUGAAACGGUACAAUCUUCAUUGCCAGUCUUGAAUCGCUUACUUAGUAGCCUUGAUAAAGAUAUACUUGCCGAUGCUUGCUGGGCUCUUUCAUAUCUCACCGAUGGACCCAAUAAUAAGAUACAAGUUGUUGUGGAGAGCGGAGUUAUACCAAAACUAGUGGAUUUACUUGCUUCAACUGAAGUAACAGUUCUGACACCAGCACUUCGUGCAGUUGGAAAUAUAGUUACAGGCACUGACAUACAGACAGAUGCGAUAAUAUCAGCAGGUGGUUUACAACAUUUGGGAGUAUUAUUACAACAUCAUCGUACUAAUAUAGUGAAAGAAGCAGCAUGGGCGAUCAGCAAUAUUACUGCUGGUAACAUAGAUCAAAUCCAACAUGUUAUAAAUGCUGGAUUACUACCACCCUUGAUACAUGUUCUGCAAAAUGGAGAUUUUAAAUCUCAAAAAGAAGCAGCAUGGGCUGUAACUAAUUUAACUUCGGGUGGUACUGUGCAACAGUUAGCUCAUCUGGUGCAGUUGGGAGUUCUGGUACCAUUUUGCAAUUUGUUGGAAGCCAAAGAUUGGAAGACUGUAAUUGUUGUUCUUGAUGGUCUGAACAACAUAUUGAAUGCAGCAUUGAAAAUGGGAGAAGCUGAACGUGUAGCUAUUAUGAUAGAACAAAUAGGUGGUUUGGACAAACUUGAGGCUCUUCAAAGUCACGAUACAGAGCAGGUGUAUCAGAAAGCUGCAGCGAUGAUCGAUACUUUCUUCUCAGAAGAGGACGCUGAAAACGAAACAUCAAUAGCACCACCCACAACAGAUGAUGGAAAGUUGGAAUUCAAACCAACUGAAGCAACACAAAAAGGUUUCGAAUUUUAGAACUUUUUAGUCAUUUGACAUUUAACAUGUUAGAGUGUGUUCUUCCAGUUUGUUUUGUAAAUAGAUAUACAGAUGUUCAUCCCGAAAGAUAAACAUUAAAGACAAAACAUUUUGUCUUCAUAU